AAAUAUUUAAUAUCGUAUUUAGCAUUAUUGACGAACCGCAUUUUCGGCGCACCCGUUCCCCGUUACUCUAACGGAACGUCGAAAAGGUUCACACAAUUUUUUAUAUUUUAUCGUUUUCUAGUACCUACCUAUCGUCUUUUUUUCCGAUCUCAAUACCGCUAUUACCGCAUUCAUAGUUGGUUCCCGCCUCUAUUUUAUCGUUCGAAAAUAUGCCCUGUCGAUCGGUCUAAUCGUUUUUUAUAAGUAUCUACUACAAAUUAUAGUGCAACUACUGGGUGUAUUGUAAAUAAAAUAUAAUACCAAUAUAAUGGGACCAAAACCUGAGGACAUUUUAAAUGGAUUCCAAGUCAAUUGGAUGAAUUUAAGAGACGCCGAUACAGGAGUUGUUUUAUGGCAAGGCACCGAAGAUCUAUCAUUACCUGACAAAGAACAUGAAGCCAAAGUACCAAAAAAGAUAUUGAAGUGUAGAGCUGUAUCCAGAGAAAUCAAUUUUUCAUCUGUCGAACCUAUGGAAAAACUAAGGUUACAACAAAAAGUACUGUUUAAGGGUCGUUGUCUUGAAGAAUGGUAUUUUGAAUUUGGUUUUGUUAUUCCUAACUCAACUAACACUUGGCAGUCACUUAUUGAAGCAGCACCAGAAUCACAAAUGAUGCCUGCAAAUGUUCUAAAUGGUAAUAUUGUGAUAGAAACAAAUUUCUAUGAUGACGAUCUGCUGAUAUCAUCAUCAAAAGUUCGGCUGUAUUAUGUUUAAUUAUCAAGACAUUCAACUUUGUGCACUACUCAAAAUAUUUAGAUAGACAAUUUUUGCUUGGUACACAUAACCGAGGUCCAAGAACACGGAGAACAAGUCCCUGCUGCUGUGAUUAUUUAGUAUUUUAAUUUGAUUACUUUUAUACGUGGUUAAAUAUUUUUCUUGAUUGUAACAAGUGUUAAACUUAUUAAUAAGUUAUAACUAUUCUAAAUGUAAAACCAUAUAGUCCUUAUAUUCGAUUGUAUUUUAAGUAAUUAGAAUGUCAUAAAGGAUACAAUUUACACACAAAUAUUGAUCUUGCUUGAACAUUCUAGUAUGAAACUAAUUUUUUUUUAUGAAAAAAAUCACUUAAUAGCUAAUUUAGCACAUAAUAUGGACAUUGGUUGGAGUUGUGAAAUUAUUGUCGAAUUAUUAUUUGUAUCUUCACAAAAUUACCAGAGUGCGGUUCAUUUUGUUUAAAUUGUAUUGUCUAGCACAUGAUAUUAUGAUAAUGUACUUAAUACAAUUAAU